ACUGCUCAAAAGCCGUUUUAAACUGUUUUCUGUCACUAACCAUACCCAGAACUGCAUAUCCCAGCGUGCCCAUCGGUCGACCAAUAUGGACGCUUACUAAGAUACUAGCUUCUGAUGAGUUCUUGUGUUAAUGUUGUUUUCACCGUUUGUAGCAAUGUCAAAUCUCUUCGUAAUAUUUUUGCUUUUCACUGCUCAUGUGUCUACAGUGGAUACUAAAGCCUCACAGGAUGCCCAAAGUCCCAUCGAGAACUACUUCAUGUUGAUAUGGCACAACAGGUUGUACGUCUAUUCAGCUGCUGCACUUGUGUUUGGGAUCUGGUUCUCCCUAAAGGUGGCACUGAAAAAGAAAAGCUUUCCAGAGAGUGUAGACUUGUGGGUCCACAAAGCUGCAAAGAUCAAGGACACCUCUGAUAAAGAUGCUGAAGUUCAUCUCUCAGGAGUUAAAAUCUUCUACAGCUCUCAAACUGGAACAGCAAAGGGUUUUGCAAAAGAACUGUUCGAGGAGGUGAAGAGUUUAGAUAUUCCAGCUGAGGUGAUUGACAUGAAGGACUACGAUCCAGACGAUCAACUUGCAGAGGAGUGUGCCAGUAAGUCAGUCUGUGUGUUUCUGGUUGCCACCUACACUGAUGGACAGCCCCCAGAGAGCGCUGAAUGGUUCUGCAAGUGGCUGGAGGAAGCGUCCACCGAUUUCAGAUAUGGGAAAUCCUACCUGAAAGGCCUCAGAUAUGCAGUGUUUGGUCUCGGCAACUCUGUCUACGUUGGUCACUAUAACACAGUGGGUAAAAACGUGGACAAAUGGCUGUGGAUGCUGAGCGCAGAGCGAAUCAUGACCAGGGGAGAGGGCGACUGCAACGUGGUGAAGAGUCGUAAUGGAAGCAUCGAAGCAGACUUUCAGGCCUGGAAGGUCAAAUUCCUGGGUCGCAUCCAGGCUCUGGCAAAGGGAGGGAAGAAGAGCUGUAGUGGGAACUGUAAGAAUGGGGGUUCCUGUAAGAACAAGAAGAAAGACAGACGAGACGAGGAGGAGGUCGCCUCACGUGAUAACAGCUCUGAGGUGGAUCUGAUAGAGUCCAGCAGUGAUGAAGACGAGUCUGGUUCUCCUGAUGAGAAAAAGUCAGGGUCUGUGGUGGACAUGGAGGAUCUGGGCAACAUCAUGAGCAGCGUUAAGAAAGCAAAGGUCAAAGAACAUGGUUACGGAGAUGGUCAGAUGGUGAAGCGGUCCAAACAAAAUGGAGUAAAGAAGGCUGAAAAUGAAGAGGAAAGAAGAGAGAUGAUCACUCCUGCUCUGAGGGAAGCACUGACAAGGCAAGGAUAUAAACUAAUUGGAAGUCACUCGGGAGUCAAGCUCUGUCGAUGGACUAAGUCCAUGUUGCGAGGAAGAGGAGGUUGUUACAAACACACUUUCUAUGGCAUUGAGUCCCACCGCUGCAUGGAGACGACGCCCAGUCUAGCCUGUGCAAACAAGUGUGUUUUCUGCUGGAGACAUCACACCAACCCUGUUGGAACAGAGUGGCGCUGGAAAAUGGACCCUGCUGAGAAAAUACUGGAGGAUGCUCUGCAAAAGCACCAGAACAUGAUACGACAGUUCAGAGGUGUCCCUGGAGUGAAGCCAGAGCGGUAUGAGGAAGGUUUGGCAGUCAAACACUGUGCCCUCUCUUUGGUGGGUGAGCCAAUCAUGUAUCCUGAAAUCAACACCUUCAUUCGCCUCCUCCACCGCCACCACAUCUCCAGUUUCCUGGUCACCAAUGCACAAUUCCCAGAGGAAAUCAGAGGCCUGAUGCCAGUUACUCAGUUGUAUGUCAGUGUGGAUGCCAGCACCAAAGAUAGUCUAAAGAAGAUUGACCGGCCACUUUUCAAGGACUUCUGGUCCCGCUUCCUGAACAGCCUCAGGGCCCUGGGAGAGAAGAGACAGAGGACGGUGUACAGACUGACGCUUGUGAAGGCCUGGAAUGUGGAGGAGAUGCAGGCCUACGCCGAGCUCAUUGCUUUGGGACAGCCUGACUUUAUUGAGGUCAAGGGUGUGACGUACUGUGGUGAAAGCUCUGCCAGUAGUCUGACCAUGGCAAACGUUCCCUGGCACCAGGAGGUGGUCGCCUUCGUCCAGCAGCUGGCUGACAUGUUGCCUCAGUAUGAGAUUGCCUGUGAGCACGAGCACUCAAACUGUUUGCUCAUUGCACACACUAAGUUCAAGGUGGACGGUGAGUGGUGGACGUGGAUCAACUAUGAGCGUUUUCAGGAGCUGGUCCAGGCUCAUGAGGAGAGUGGGGGACAGCAGAGCUUCUCAGCCUUGGACUAUGUUGCCAAGACACCCAGUUGGGCUCUGUUCGGAGCACACGAGCAAGGCUUUGACCCUGCUGACACUCGCUUCCAGCGACGCAACAAAACCAAAGAUAUCUCUGGAUGCUGAUACUGGAAAUCACAAACAAAAAUGGACAAAGGGUUCGGGUGAAUAGAAGUUGAAGAAAAUGCUAAAGAAUGUAUUUUUUCUUGUAGUUAUGAAAAUUCCCUUCUUGGUAUCCACAGCUUCUCUCAUCCUCAUGUGGACUCUUUCUCCGCCUUUUCAUAUUUCCAAUAUUUUCAUUGUUGAUUAUCCUAAAACUAUUUUGUAGACAUUCCCCUCACAUAAAGUGCUUUUUUUGCUUUGCAUGUAAAAUAGAUAUUUGAUGCCUUCCACAAUUUAAAUGGGUCAUAAUGUAUUUGAUCUCCAUGAUUAUCUGGCAGCAGAUAAUUAUCUGCACAUUUUUUAAAUCCAUGUUACAACUGCACAGCAACGGAUAUGAUAAGAGUGUGAGAAAAGGCACCUUUAUUUCUCCUGUCAUCGGUGGGAGCAGCACAUUUUUCCCAGGCUCCUUUGUGCUUCCUCCUGUUUGGCCAGUGGUUGUUUCUAAUUAGAAUCAAGGCUGUGCUUCUCUUUGUGAUGCUCUCAUGAGUUUAAUUGUUUCUUAUUAAUGUCAGUUUUAUUUGGUUUAACUGGUCAGUUUAUUGAUGUUUGAAUAUCAGUCCAACAGGAAGGACAAGGAUCAACUGAAUGGGUUUGUCACUGAAACAAGCAGUGCUGAUUGUCUUGAUGUAAAUCUUAACACCUUUAUAAUUUUAGAAAUUGUAAAUUUAGUAAUUGUAAAUGUUUAAGUGCAUUUUCAUUUGUUUUCAAAGGUCUAGUUGCAAGGACUCUGUUGGAGAUAGGCUGUGCAUGUUUCACUGUAAUAAAUUUAUUUCAA